UGGGUGAUGCUUCAUGACCAAAAGGGCUUCGUUCCCCUUUCUAAUGAACGUGUGAUUUACACCUCGCCGCCACGUACCAGCUUUGCGCUCACCCCGCCCUCGGGCUACAAAGGCCCUGAGAAAUUGUCAAUCCAGAGCAGCGCCGGCUGCAUUUACCUCACGAACCAACGAAUUGUCUACCUCCCUUCUCAAUCACAAUCCAGCGAUAUCCAGUCUUUCUCAUCCCCUCUCCUCAACGUUCGCGACUCCCACGUUUCUGCACCUUUCUUCGGUCCUAAUGUCUGGACCGCUCUCAUACAACCCGUCUCAGGUGGAGGCAUUUCGCCGUCCCUUCCAGCUGUCCAGGCUAAGGUAACCUUCAAAGAAGGUGGGGCUUUCGACUUUCACACAAACUUCGAGCGCAUCAAAGAGCGACUCGAACAAGCAGUGGAAAAUACUGGCGAGGGCGCCCAAGGGCUGCGUAGUGUUGACCUUUCGGCGGUGCAUCUGGAAGAGCUACCAGCGUACGAGGGCCCAAGCAAUCCUGCUGUGCAAGAGGACUCGAAUGACACAAUUGCUAUUCCUGCGAAUAACCAAAGAGCAUCCAUCUUGGUAGCUGACCCUGUGGAGCCUCCGCCAGGGUACGAGGAAGUCCAACAGCAGAGUGUGGCACAAGUACUGGAGGAACGGUUGCGCCAGGCCAGCUGA